GGGAUAUGUGAGUAGCAUUGAAAACUACAAUAUCGAAACUGGACUUCUUUCAGAAUCACACAAACGAAACUGGAUAAUUACGGAAUCGGUCUUUUCUCUGUGUUUAUUGUCCUCAAUUUGGAUCACAAUUUCGCUUAUACACUACGGGUUGAAACACAAAAAGUUUUUCUGCAUGAUGAGAACUAAUCAGAAGAAUGGAAGCAUAUAUACCAUGAUAUUUUUUGUUAUCGCUACCUCACUACCGCGGUCAGCUGCAUUGCAAACAAUUAUAGCAUCAUUUGUUUAUCAAACCAACGACUUGGUCUGCAAUAUUGGAUUGUUCAGUUUCAAAGGGUUAUAUAAUAUAAAUCAGUUUGGUGUUUAUGCACUUUUAUGGUGGCGACAAUGGUUGUUGUACAAUCGCCCGAUCUACAAAGAACUUAUACAAGGCUGGUUUCGGAAACUACAGUAUAUCUCAAUAUGCCUUAUCUUUCUAUCCAACGCUGUAGGAUUGAUUCACCACAUUGCACCUAUCAGUACAAAGGCAUCCCAACUUGGCUGUAAAGAGAUGGUGAAUGUAAAAUUAGGUCAAAUAUUGCAUUUAGGCAAAUUGGUGGUGACGGUCAUCAGCCACACUGUACUUGUCCUAUUAUUUUCAUAUCCAAUAUACAAGCAGAUUCAAACAAAUAAGUCUAUACGAAAAUGUUCUGUGCCCCUGGAAUCAGUUUCUAAAAGUGUUGUGUCGAGGCAAAUUACCGGAGAUUCGCCGAGUACUUUAGCCGCUGAAAAAACUGAGGAACUUGGUGAAAAAAAUAAUGAAGUAGCGCAAACGAGGAAAAGUCAACCCAGAAGAUCUCUCACAGCAGUUCUCAUACGAUCUACUGUUUUAUCUGUAUUUUGUGCUCUCAGCGACAUCGCUGCCUUUGCGAUAAUAUUUGGCAUCCGAAAACUAUUUCGAAAUGCACUGUUGGGUAUUCACGUUUAUUUAACAGUGUUCGAAAUAAAUGCUUGUGUAAACCAGAUUUCCAUAUUCCUAAUACUGAGCGACUGGAAGGGUAUAUUACAGACGUUUUGGGCUUAAUUUCUCUUCUUCAUAUAUCUCACACAUCGUUUCACUCAUUGGAAAAUUGUGCUGCCACUUUGAUUAAAUGUGGUCUUAUUCUUAUAGCUUGCAUGGCAGGUUCAUGUAUGCAUUUAUUCUUGUAUGUGUUUGCAUAUGUAGUCAUUUGCAUAUGUAUGUAUUCUUGUAUGUGUUUGCAUAUGUAGUCAAUAAACUUGUCUUACCAGAAUAUAUAUUUGUAAUC